AUGUCUGGUUCACAGUUUAGAAGAGCAUGGUCUGACCAAACUCCAGUUCUUGAACCCCUUCAACGCCGGUAUAACCAAUACAAUAGCCGCUUAUCCUCCGCCGUCGAAAUGAGCACCCCGCCGCCGCCUCCUCCUCCUCGCCGCUCGGUCUUCCUCGGUGUUGAUGUUGGAACCGGCAGCGCCCGUGCAGGUCUCUUUGAUGAUGGUGGAAGACUUUUAGGUUCUGCUAGUAGCCCGAUACAAAUAUGGAAAGAUCGUGACUGUGUUGAGCAAUCUUCAACUGAUAUUUGGCUUGCAAUUUGCACGGCAGUCAAAGCAGCAUGCGCUCUUGCAAAUAUUUCAGGGGAAGAAGUAACUAGUUUGGGAUUUGCUGCUACUUGUUCUCUUGUUGCUGUUGAUUCUGACGGACAACCUGUAACAGUUUCUUGGAGUGGUGAUACAAGGAGAAAUAUCAUAGUGUGGAUGGACCACAGAGCUGUGCAACAAGCUGAGAGGAUAAAUUCCUCUAACUCACCUGUAUUGCAAUACUGUGGCGGGGCUGUAUCCCCAGAGAUGCAGCCACCCAAGCUUUUAUGGGUCAAAGAAAAUUUGCAAGAGUCUUGGUCAAUGGCAUUCAGGUGGAUGGAUCUGAGCGAUUGGUUAUCAUAUAGAGCAACAGGAGAUGAUACUCGGAGUCUGUGCACAACAGUCUGCAAAUGGACAUAUUUAGGUCACGCACACAUGCAAAAGAUAAAUGAAAAAGAUUCCCGUGAUAUGGAAGCUUGUGGAUGGGAUGAUGACUUUUGGGAAGAGAUUGGUUUAGCUGAUCUUGUUGAUGGCCAUCAUUCGAAGAUUGGACGAAGUGUAGCUUUUCCUGGCCAUGCUUUGGGCUCUGGUCUAACACCUGAUGCUGCAAAGGAAUUGGGCCUGGUGGCAGGGAUACCAGUUGGAACAUCAUUAAUUGAUGCUCAUGCUGGUGGUGUGGGAGUAAUGGAAAGUAUGCCGGCGUCAGAUUCUGAAGCUAAAGACAUUGACGAGGAAGCAAUAUGUCAUCGAAUGGUAUUAGUUUGUGGAACUUCCACUUGCCAUAUGGCUGUUUCACAGAACAAGUUGUUUAUUCCUGGGAUCUGGGGACCAUUCUGGUCAGCCAUGGUGCCUCAGUACUGGCUCACGGAAGGAGGUCAGAGUGCCACUGGUGCAUUACUAGAUUAUAUUAUUGAGAACCAUGUUGCUUCUCCACACCUGGCAAAUCGAGCUGCUUCUCGAUGCAUUUCAAUCUUCGAACUUUUGAAUGAGAUACUGAAAUCAAUGAAACAAGAAUUAGGUUCUCCUUUUAUUGCUGCAUUGACUGAUGACAUACAUGUCUUCCCUGACUUCCAUGGGAACAGAUCUCCCAUUGCAGACCCAAAAUCGAAAGGCAUGAUAUGUGGCUUAACUCUUGACACAAGUGAAAAACAGCUGGCUCUUCUAUACCUUGCCACAGUACAGGGUAUUGCAUAUGGGACACGCCAUAUUGUAGAGCACUGCAAUGCCCAUGGGCACAAAAUCAACACAUUGCUGGCAUGUGGUGGACUAGCAAAGAAUUCCCUGUUCAUACAAGAGCAUGCGGAUAUUAUAGGUUACCCUAUUAUUCUUCCACGAGAAAAUGAAUCAGUGCUCUUGGGUGCUGCUAUUCUUGGUGCCGUUGCUUCAAAGAAAUAUUCCACCAUGCGAGAGGCCAUGAAAGCGUUAAACUCAGCUGGUCAGGUCGUCUAUCCAUCCAACGAUCCAAAAGUAAAAAAGUACCACAAUGCUAAAUAUCGUAUCUUCCGUGAACUUUAUGAGCAGCAGUUGUCCCACCGUUCAAUAAUGGUCGAAGCUCUGGCAUGA